AUGUUGGCCAAAUCCACUAUUAUCCUUUUCGCCCUUGCUGUUGGCUUAUCAUCAUUCUCCAAUGAAAAGUCAACUGUAUCAGCAAAUAAAAUUCCCGAAGUGUCAAAAUUAUCCUUCGACGUCGGAGACAAUUUCGAUGAUUAUUACAAAUAUAUCGGUAAUUUGUAUCGAAACGAAGUAAGAAAAAACCAAAUUGGAGCUGAAACACAUCAAGACAAUAAUCACCUUCAACAGGUCAAGUCAACGAGUGAAAAUCACAUGGGGUCGGAUGUUGAUCAAAAGAAAAUAUUCCAUGACAUAAGUACCAAUGUUGUUGAUCAUUCUUCCGGAGCACUAACUAUCCAAGUAGACAAUACUUGGCAACAGGUUAACGCUAGUGGUAAGAAUUACAUGGGAUCGCAAGCUCGUCAGAAAAAUAACGUCUACGAAAAAUGA